AUGUCCUCCAUGUACACCAUGGUCUACUGUCCAGCAUCCAUCCUCUACACUGAAGAGCACCAGUUCUCCCAAGUGCCCAUGGCCUCAGGCCAUGCAACCCAGGACCCACUGGACCCACCACCCCCAGGGCUCACAGACCUGGCCCCCACCAUGCAGAUCGCCGCCAUGGCCGAUCGCUUACGAACAGCAGCGAGCUGCCGCGCCUGUUAUAACCACCUGCAGGACCCGGUGACCCUCAAGUGCGGCUAUGUGUGCUGCAGGAGCUGCCUGGACACCCUGGAGAGGGAGCCUGGUGGGGACGGGAUCCUGUGUCCCAGCUGCCCUGAGGUCUCCAGGCCGGAGGACAUCAAGCCAGCUCGCCAGCUGAGAGCCCUGGUAGAAGCUUUGGAGGAGCUAGAACCCAGCCUGGAGGAAGUUUUGCAGAUGAACCCCAACGUGCGGAAAUUCCAAGUGGACGUGACCUUGGACGUGGACACAGCCAACAAUCACCUGUUCAUUGCUGAGGACCUGAGGAGCGUGGGCUGUGUGUCUUCCCCUCAGACACGGAGGGAGAGUGCCGAGAGGUUCGACACCUCCAUGUGCGUGCUGGGCUCCCCACGCUUCACCUCCAGCUGCCAUUACUGGGAGGUGGACGUGGGGAGCUGCCAGGAGUGGGACGUGGGCAUCUGCAGCGACUCCGUGAAUCGGAAAGGGCCCGUGAGGCUGAGCGCAGAGUGCGGCUUCUGGACUGUGAGCCGCAGAGACUGUGACGGCUUCACCGCCAGCACUGAGCCCCCAACCUUGCUCCAGGCCCAGCCGUGGAUACAGCGUUUGAGCAUCUUCCUGAACGUGGAUUUGGGGAGCGUCUCCUUCUACAACACCACAGACGGAGUCCACAUCUUCACGUUCACCGAGAUCCCCACCGACAGCCCGCUGCGGCCCUUUUUCGCUCCUAGGAGAGCACCGGACGGCCAGCAGGGCUUCCUGAGCCUGCCUGCUGUGGCAGCUGGGGGGCACUCUGCCCGCCCCAACCCCAGCCCCUCCAGCUAA